AAAAAACAUUAUUAGUGCAUCUCCACAUUUUCCUCUUGCAACCUCCGAUUCAUAGUAUAUUUCUCUGAUGCGGUCCUCCUUGUUCUUCUCUGCCAACCCUACCCUACUACAUCUUUUUUUUUCAUGCAGCAACUGCACAUGCAAGCUCCUUUCAUUUAUCAUCUCCUCACAUUAUCACAUUGUUUCUAGACGUGUGUGUGUGCCAACGAAAAUUCGCUAUUGUUACCCUCCUCUGUCGGUUUUACAACGUCUAGUGGCGUAGAUUAAAAAAGAAGAGAAAAAAAGAGAGAGAUAAAAAGAGAUCGUGAAGAAAGCUUCUCGCGAAAGUAGCAUUUCUGGUGGAAAUAGAAGGCAUUGCCUGCCGCCACAUCACUUGACGCUUGUCCUCUUGUUCUAGCAUCUACCAGCUCAAGAUUAAGUGCCAAGUGUUGUGUCAGCUAGCCGUAAGAUCGAUACCAAGUCGCGAAGCAAUGGUCCUAACAAAGCAGAGAUCACCUCGAAAUCCCGAUGACUUCCCGACUGUUCAGCUAUUUCUGUUAGCUAUUGUUCGUCUAGCCGAGCCUAUUGCCCUCACCUCCAUAUUUCCGUAUGCCUGGGCCUUAGUCAAGCGGUUUAAAAUCGGUAACGAGCAAGAUGCCUCGUUUUAUGCCGGUCUUCUUAUAUCCUCAUUCGCCCUUGCCGAGGCGUUGAUGGGCAUGUAUUGGGGCGGAUUGUCUGAUAGAAUCGGUCGAAAACCUGUCCUCCUUGUAGGAUGCAUCGGAACUAUGUUCAGCAUGGUUAUGGUAGGAUUUGCCACCAACCUAUGGAUUGCCUUGAUCGGUCGAGCACUCGGCGGACUUCUGAAUGGAAACAUCGCAGUUAUCCAGACCAUGGUUGGCGAACUAGUCACCAAACCUGAACACGAGCCUCGCGCUUAUUCCGUGAUGCCAUUUGUCUGGUCCAUUGGAACAAUCAUUGGGCCAGCAAUCGGAGGAAUGCUAGCAGACCCCCAUGAGUCUUGGCCCGAUACGUUCCCGAAAGGCACUCUAUUCGCAAACUUCCCCUAUCUCCUUCCCAAUCUCUGUUGUGCUGCUCUUCUAAUGAUUAGCAUUUGCUUGGGAUAUUUCUUGCUCGAGGAAACGCACCCUGAUAUGGUCCCACGGGUUAUGCUACCCGAUGACACCUAUGUUUCUGACGAGACUCCCCUCAUAGAGACCUCGGAUGCGAUUAAGCAACCAGCUGUCGAUCUGCGCUCUGAGACGUACGGAACUUUCCGGGGCAGGGAAAGCGGCGAGUUCAACCGCGAUACGAUUUCCUCCAAAGUGCCAGAAAAGAAGGGCGACUUCACCAUCUUCACUAAGCGCAUCAUGGCUCUAGUCAUUGCGCUCUCCAUCUUUACCUAUCACUCGAUGACUUACGAUCAUCUCCUCCCCAUAUUCUUUGAGGACGAUAAAAUUCCCAUCAACCAUGCUCCAGAAGAGGGUUUCUUCUCUAAAUAUAACCCCCUUUACUCACCCGGUGGCUUGGGCUUAUCUAUGCAGUCCGUUGGGUUUGUAAUGGCGGUCAACGGAGCUAUUGCGCUCUUCGUUCAAGUUUUCGUCUUCCCCAUAGCCGCCGAGAAGAUCGGCGUCUUCAGGCUCUUUAUUAUUGUUACCGUCCUCCACCCGAUUGCCUACGUCAUUGUCCCUGCCCUGGUCCAUGUGCCAGACUCGCUCCUAUACCCUGGGAUUUACUUUUGCCUGACCGUCAGAAACAUCUUCUCUAUCAUCUUGUACCCUCUACUCCUCAUCCUUAUUAAGGACGCCACUCCUAGCUCGUCCGUACUUGGCAAAGUGAAUGGCCUCGCAGCUAGCGCUGGAGCUGCUUGCCGUAUGAUAGCCCCGCCUGUGGCUGGCUAUCUCUACUCGAUUGGGUCGCAGAUUGACUGCACUGGUCUCGCAUGGUAUGGCAGUGCUCUUGUUGCUGUAAUUGGUGCUUUUCAAUGUUUUGCAGUUAAGCGAGAACGAAACGAUGCCGUUUCGGAGGAGACUGGAACGAUGACCAAAGGGCAUCGUGUUAUUGUGACGACUACAGAGACAAAUAAUAACGAGCUGUGAGCCUUUCAGCAAGCAUACCUAGGUAUCUUUGGAUAUUCAGCUACAAGCCAUGUAGCACUGACUAUCCCUCUACACGACGACUUUUGAUGAUUUAUGACCUAUUUUGGGUAUAUAUAUAUACGACCACGAAAUGGAUCAACGAAAAUGGAGUUACUUGGAUGAUUAGCUUGGCGUUUAAGGCAUGGUCCGGGAAAGGGAAUCUAAAAAAAGGGUUGGCUUGGGUAUGACGAUAUCAUCCGACGCGCGUAUGGAUAGAAAUGGCUUAUACUAGGUCCCGGUUCGUUUUUGCCUUAUUCAGCGUGGAUCGUCUUAGGGUUUGGUGUCUGCAUAUCUUAACGAUCUCUAAAAUAAUAAUAUAAUGACUUUGAUUUGGA